AUCUCCGUUGGUCAUGUGAUCUGUAAACAAUGAAAUGGAUGGAUCUUCACCGCUGUAGACAAUAUGUUCAUAAAUAAGUAGGAACAAGUACGAGUAUAUGCUGUAAAAUCGCCGAAGGAUUGACACGGUUCUCACUUUCGUGCUUCCAUCCAAGACACGAAAACGCUAUGCAGAUGGUGUGAUUCACAUACAUGUAACUAUUGGAUGAUCUACAUUGGUGACAUCUUUAAUUAUUGAGUACCGCAUCAAAAAGUAUACUUGAGGAUGAAGCCGCCAGAGUUUAUCCAUGGGAUGAUUGGUAUCCUUUCUCUAUGUUUCUGCCAUGUCUGCCAUGCCUUUUCUCCCAUAGUCAUCCACAGACAAGAACUAUGGAAGUCAGAGAUGGAGGCAGAGGUGCACCUGUACAGAACCCCAAUCCUCCUCAAACUCCCAACAGGUGACUUACUAGCCUUCUCUGCACCCCGCAAAACUACCGGUUCCGACAAAUCUGCGAAAUUCAUUGCCAUCCGACGAUCGAAAGACGGUGGAUUGCAGUGGGACUCUACUAGGAUAAUCGAAGAUGACUAUGAUGUCGAGGAUGGGCUUAACCUUGGUUCUGCAAUGGUGGACAAGGUAACCAACGAUACGUUUGUAUUCUUUGGAUACUGCCUUCACACCCCAGGACCAUGUACAUCACCCUACAGAGAGAAGGGUGUCUAUUUUAAGGUUAGUCAUGACUGGGGAUACACAUGGACCCAAGCGAUCAACGUCAAAGAGACAAAUCCAGCAUUGGCAGGGCUAACAUGGGCUCCAGGUCCAGGCUUCGGAAUCCAGAAGGAACUCGAACCGAACAAAGGGAGGUUGAUCGGAUGCGGGCAUCGUGUGGAUGUUCCAUUCAGACAGAUGCAGUGUAUAUACAGUGAUGAUCAUGGGAAGACGUGGCAAAUGAACUCUCCUCUCUAUGGCUUACCGUAUAGUCAGAAGCAAGCUGUAGGUGACUUCACCCCUGGUGAAACACAGGUUAUUGAACUCACAAAUGGAACCAUCUUUGUAAGUAUUCGCAACGAGAACAAGUUCCACUGCCAUUGCCGAAUGCAAUCGAUUAGUUACGACGGUGGCUACUCUUUUCCUAUCCCGAACCUCAUAAUACAGGAAUCGUUGGUCGAUCCAUCCGUCUUUGGGUCACUUGCCCUACUGAAUGGCACGCUCUUCCUGUCGCAUCCCUACAACGCGGAUUCGCGCGUUAACAUGACCUUGCAGUGGAGUUUCGAUUCCGGCCAGACGUGGCCCGGUGCGGUACAGCUCUACGAGGGACCAAGUGAGUAUUCCAGUCUGGCUCAAAUUGAUCACGAGUAUCUAGGAUUGCUUUUUGAACGCGAUGGCUAUAAAUACAUCGACUUUUUCAAAAUCCGAAUCAGAUGAAUUGCUGGAGUUGCAAAGUAAAUCCCAGUUUUGUUUAUCAUUUUUUUAUAUUCAAGUAUAGAUGGUUUGUUAAUGACGGAUAAAUUGCAGCUGCAUGGGUUUUAUGUGUAUUGUGUUGUUCAAAAAGGAUACUUUAGUAAUAAUACUCGGAGUUCAUGCUUUUAUAGUGGUCAAUAAAGCUGUUGCUUGAAUUCUUAAAUUUAUUCCAACACAAAUAUCUGCAAUACUUUCAGUACCGUACUGAAAUUGCUAUCAAAUCAAACAUCUAUACCCUGUGAUAAAAAAAAUCAGUUAUUGAUUGCAUAUUUGAUGUAUGAUUUAUUCUUUAAAUAAUUCAAAUCAAUCAUAAAAAUUAGCCGUACAAUAAAUUUUUGUUUGUUGUGUGUGUAUAUGGCAAGGCUCCACACUAAUUUUUUUUCCUUGGUGGCCCUAAAAUAAUACAAAACAUUACAAUUCAUGAGCACUUUGGUGGCCCAACUCUCAUUUUUGGUUGCCUCGGGCCACUGCUAAUGUCUAGCCCUGUAUAUGGUGACUCUAAUGGUUCUCUAGUCAGAAUUGCCUUGAUAUUCUAUGUAAAUUAUCAAGGGAAUCCCAAAUGACCUUGGACAUGUGAUUUUACAUGUGUAUCGAACCAAGAUAUUUUGAGUCUAAAUUUAAUAAAUUACUGUUAAUAUUCUUUAAGCUUCAGUUACUGUCCAGAAAAAAACCCCUGAAGGAUCUGGAUUUAUCCUUAUUUAAAAUGCAAAUUUGAAUAAGGACUUAGCAUUUGGCUUGACUCUGUAAUUUCAACUCAGAAUAUGUAUGCUUACAGUGUAACACUAUAUCCAGAAAGUAUAUAAUUAUUGCAUUUAACUCGAAACGUAUUUCAAGUAAAACAAAUGAUAAAGACCAUUUAUAUUUCAUAUACAUAUGUAUUUUGUUAGUUCUGUAGGUUUUACUUAAAUGCAAAGUUGACUCGAAUUUGUGUCGAUAUUCACGACUUUGGACUUAAUUAUACAGUAGUUUCAGUGCAAUGGAAUAAUUAUCUUCAGGUAAUGAUUUGAUAUGUAUGUUUUUUAAAAAUGAAUGAAAGCUUUUGUAGAAAUUUGUACCAUACCAAAGAAAUAUUUUCUUGUCAUUGUUAUUAUUGAUAUCAUUAAUUUUUUUGUGUGUGAUAAUGAUGUACAUGUAGAAAUGAUUUCAAAUAGCAUCCUAGCGUUUGUAUUUACAAAUGAAAAAAAAUGUGCCAAAAACUUCUUGCAGGAACUCAAAUUUUACUGCUCCAUGUAUCUGUAGACACUGUUUAUACCAUACAUGUAGCUCAAUCACAAUUUUCUUCACACAUUUGAUGAACAAGGAUUUAAUUAGAAUAUGCCCAAAUUUUAUAACAUGCUAUCACAAUUAAUGUAUAAAUCAACGAAGGGAAGUCAAAGAAAUGUACGCUCCUGUUUCUUUAACCAUUAGGUAUCGUUCGUCAGCCGUUUUGAUGAGGCCUUAAUCAAUUGAUAAGAUAUGAGGAAGUUGAUGAUGAUGAUAGUUCAUAUUAUACAACACCCAAGAAUGUUCUGUAAUCUGAUUAGUCCAAAUCAGAUCACAUGAUAUUCAGCGAAUUGCGCUAUGGCAUCCAAAAUGCACUAUCCUACACUCUGACGUCAUACCAAAUGUACUAUCCUGCACUCUGACGUCAUACCGAAUGCACUAUCCUGCACUCUGACGUCAGAGUGCAGGAUAGUGCGAGGUCUGCACUAAAUUCUAGAUCUAGAAUAUACAGCAUUUGGGGUAACUCAGUAGCAUGGGGGAGUUGUUUUAAACAAACAAUGCACGCGUUCUUUUGCAUAGAGGACCUAAAUAAUGAACUCUGUGCUCGACUCGCAAGAUGGAUAUACCGCACUCGGUCCUGCAGACCUCGGUGCGGUAUAUCCACUAGCUCUUCUCGCACAUCAUUCAUUAUUUGGCCUUGCAUGUACGCGCUUACGUGCAUUAAUUGUAUACUAUUUCAUACUCUUUCCAAGAUAUUAUAGUACUUACUAUUCAAAUAUUGCAAACAACUGUACAGUGUCCAUGUAUUUCAUAGAUUCAAUCAAUAAAAAAUCAAUGAUCUCACCUGUAA